AUGGAUGUCAGUAUUCAACAGAGUGGCGACUUAUCGGUAACAGCCGCGGCGACUUUUCAAACAUUCACUGACGUGCCAUCCAGUUUGUACGUUGAGUCGCCAUCAGUCACACAACAUGAUUCUGCAUUUUCUACGGUCGAAUCAUCGGCUACAAGUUCAGUGAUUGAAUGGACGGAUACUGGGACACUUGCAACAGACGCAUCAAAGAAAACUGGCACACUUUCAUAUCUUGGAUCAUCGGUAUCUGGUACCACCGUAGACUCAUCUUUUGUCCAUACAAGUGCAGAUUCCGCAGAAGCAACCUACUCGGUGUCGACGGAAGGCAUUUCCGGUUCGACAACCAUUCUAGAGAUUUCGACUGUAGAGCAAUCUUUUGAUGUGGCUGUUUCAAUAACGUCAUCAGGAAUGCUGGGAUCGACUGAAAAAGAUCCCACCGGAGCGACCUACUUGGUAUCCACAGAAGGCACUUCUGAUUCGACAACCAUUAUACAGAGUGCGACUGUGGAACCAUCUUCUGAUGUGGCUGUUUCAAUAAUGUCAUCAGGAAUGCUGGGAUCGACUGAAACAGGUUCCACAGCAGCCAGCUCCUUGAUGUCCACGGAAGACACUUCUGAUUCGACAACCAUUACACAGAGUGCGACUGUGGAACCAUCUUCUGAUGUGGCUGUUUCAAUAAUGUCAUCAGGAAUGCUGGGAUCGACUGAAACAGGUUCCACAGCAGCCAGCUCCUUGAUGUCCACGGAAGACACUUCUGAUUUGACAACCAUUACACAGAGUGCGACUGUAGAGCCAUCUCCAGGUGUGAGGGUUUCAGUAAUGUAUUCAGGUAUGCUGGGAUCGACUGAAUCUGUGUCCAGUCUUCCGGUUUUAUCUUUAGAUUCGUCUUCUGUAGCUGAUAGUGGGGGUGGAACAGUCCUAUCAACAGUUCAGCCAACCACCGAUGAGGUGAGUUUGAUUCCCAGCACAACAUACAACUCACUCAUAUUAAGUCAGGAUUCAACAGGUUCGGUUGACCCAUCACAACCUGGACCUUCACCUCAGAGUACACUGUUCCCAGGUACUUCUGCAUCUGACGUUGGCAUGACCACCCAGGUGUAUUUCAGUCCGUCCGAACAAUUAUCGCGACAGACCAUUCAAUCUACAAGCGAUGUAGAUUCAUCAUAUACGUCGCAACAAUCCUUAAGUCGUACAUCUGAUGUAUCAACGCUAGAUACAGUGCCAAAUUCAUUAUUCAUUUCGGAAACGACAGGAGUGACAGGAUCUGUAGUUGGAACUCCUAAAACUAACACGAUUCAGGGUCCAUCAGGAACAGGUGUGUCCUUUACAAGCGCGUCUCAGAUAUCACCAACUCCAUCAGGAUUGUCAGGUUCCUCUGGAACAGUAGAAGAAUCCACCGAUGCAGCGACAGUGCUUCCCACUACAAUGACCAUUGUAUCUUCGGAAGCUGUAUCAUCCCAAGAAAGCAUUGUAUAUUCACGUUUCACGCCUGCGAUGACAGCCGCAGUGUCAUCAGUCUUUAGCCACAUUUCUGGAGUUACAUCGCCCUCUAUCGUUAAAUCUCCAACAUGUGUGAACCCUUCAAACUGCCAAGUCUUAACCGGAAGUGAUAUCAGUAUCUUCGAUGAAUCCACAUCAAUCUUGGCUUCAGGUUACACUUCAGAAGCUGUACUGUCCUCUCACAAUAAUUCCCAAACAAUUGUUCAGACGACUAUGGAACAAGGAACAACUGAACUAUCGCAACAAAUUUCUACAAGCGAUGUAGAUUCAUCAUAUACGUCGCAACAAUCCUUAAGUCGUACAUCUGAUAUAUCAACGCUAGAUACAGUGCCAGAUUCAUUAUCCAUUUCGGAAACGACAGGAGUGACAAGAUCUGUAGUUGGAACUCCUAAAACUAACACGAUUCAGGGUCCAUCAGGAACAGGUGUGUCCUUUACAAGCGCGUCUCAGAUAUCAACAACUCCAUCAGGAUUGUCAGGUUCCUCUGGAAAAGUAGAAGAAUCCACCGAUGCAGCGACAGUGCUUCCCACUACAAUGACCAUUGUAUCUUCGGAAGCUGUAUCACGUUUCACGCCUGCGAUGACAGCCGCAGUGUCAUCAGUCUUUAGCCACAUUUCUGGAGUUACAUCGCCCUCUACCGUUGAAUCUCCAACAUGUAUGAACCCUUCAAACUGCCAAGUCUUAACCGGAAGUGAUAUCAGUAUCUUCGAUGAAUCCACAUCAAUCUUGGCUUCAGGUUACACUUCAGAAGCUGUACUGUCCUCUCACAAUAAUUCCCAAACAAUUGUUCAGACUACUAUGGCACAAGGAGCAACUGAACUAUCGCAACAAAUUUCAGUGAUGUCCACUGUUAACGCAUCAGCGAUGUCAGAGAGUUCACAGCUUGGCCUGAGUACUGUGCUGAGUUCGGAUGAAAUAACAUCAGCCAGUUCUGACCUUGAUUCAUCUAUUCAGACCACCUUGGCCCAGAGCGAUAAUUCUGGUUUGAUGUCGGCCCCUGUGAUCUCAACUGCACCAUAUUCACAAUUGUCUGAAAGCGCCACCCUUGUCCAGAUAUCAGUAACUUUCGGUGGUCAACCGGCAACUACAAUCAGCGGCAGUACAAGAGAGCCGUUAACAGAUUCGCUUAGAACCAGUCCUACCGCAACGACCAGUACGUCAAGCAGCGUAGCAGUUACGAAUCCGGCACCCGCACCAGCACCAUCACCUGCAGUACACGUACCCGAUAUCAUAUUCAAGGUAUAUAUUCCAGCUCCAGCUCCAGCUCCUGCUGCUCCUCCUGCUCCCGUCCCGGCUCCAUCGCCAGCACCUACAACUACAUCACAUCCACCUACUCAAAGUCAACCGGAAACAACCACUGAAACUGCAGAUGAAGCUAAGUUUCUGAGUGAUUACAUGACGAUUCUCAUUUUUGCUGGGGCGACAUUGUUCUUCGUCGGGGUCGUUGUCGUCAUAGUCAUCUGCAUCGUACGUCAUUACUCGCAGAGCGCCAACAAGCAGCGAGAGGAGACAUUACGAAUGGUACUCCUUCCGCAACGAUGGUGGCGCAAUAACAUUCAGGUCCAACCAGCGAAUGAUGUACCAAGUUACAAUGAUAACUGGAAUAGUGGUUUUAACGAUGGGAAUUACGACAGCUUUGAUCUGAAAAAGAGUAAAGAUCAAAGACCGUCGAUUAUUCCACCUAUAACUGAUGCAUGGUUUUAA